CAAUAUCUGGCAACCUUAUCUGUGUAUAGCUUACACUUUGACUACGCGCCAUGUUCUACUCCGAGACUCUUCUCUCCAAGACGGGGCCGCUGGCCCGCGUCUGGCUGUCGGCCAACAUCGAGCGCAAGCUAUCCAAGUCGCACAUUCUCCAGUCCGACAUUGAAAGCAGUGUUAGCGCCAUUGUCGACCAGGGCCAGGCGCCCAUGGCUUUGCGACUCAGUGGGCAGCUGUUGCUCGGUGUUGUGCGCAUUUACAGCCGCAAGGCCCGUUACCUUUUGGACGACUGCAAUGAAGCUUUGAUGAAGAUAAAGAUGGCUUUCCGUCUUACAAACAACAACGACUUGACAAGCACGGUUGUCGCACCGGGUGGCAUUACCCUUCCCGAUGUGCUGACUGAAACUGAUCUCUUCACCAACCUUGAUACGUCGCUACUCUUCCCCCAGAACCUGAACUUGGAGUCGAGUGGAAAGCGGCCGGGUGCCAUGGAUUUCGGUAGCCAGCUCUUGCCUGAUAGCACUCUCCGACGUUCGGUCUCUCAAGAGCCCGCGCGUCUUGAGGACCCCAGCCUAGUCGAUCUCGAUUUGGGUGAGGAUGAGAUUCCCCUGGGGAUGGAUACCACUAUGGAAAUUGGUCGAGACGCUCCCCCGGCUCGUCCGAUGGAAGAAGAUUUGUUCAGUGAUUCUGGCAAGCUCAUCGACAAUGACAUCGAUCUUGAUAUCGGAGAAGAUGAUGCCCCGCUGGACAAGAUGGAUCUGGAUGCACUCGACAACUUGAACGACCCCCUCGCCGAUGGCCCAAUGGACUUUGGCGGUGAUGAUGACCUUGAUGGCAUGACUCCUCGUGCUGAAGGGAACCGAUUCGCGCGUGACUCGGAGAGUCCUCUUUCGGACGCCGGGUCUGUGCAAAUGAACCAGCUCGAAGAAGAAUACAACCGUGACGGCUCUGCUACUCCUGAAGCGCAAGCCCAGCAAGGCCAGCGCUCCAAGCGUCAAAAGUUGAUCGAAAUGGACCCGCGGGUGACCUUGUCGAACAGCCAAGUCAAGGCCCAGCAGGCCGAUCGCUCUGAAAUCCUGAAGCCCACCUCUUUCCUGCCCCGUGAUCCCGUCCUCCUCACUCUGAUGACCCGUCAACAGAACGGCGACUUCGUUUCAAGUAUUUUCGGCGAAGAGCGUGGUCGUGGUUGGGCCCCUGAGCUGCGUGGUCUUCUUUCUCUGGACUCUGUCAAGAAGUCUGGUGAACUGAAGCGCAAGCGUGACAGUGGAAUCUCUGACAUGGAUGUGGCUGCUGCUGAUGUUCCUGCCUUGGAAUUCGGUGACGAUGAUGCCAUUGUCCCCGUUGACGAGGGCAUCGGCCUCGACACCACCCUGAACCAGCACUCGGAGAUUAACUUCCCCGGAGAUGAUGGUGUUCAGGAUAUGCACUUCAGCGACGCAGGUGAUGCCCAGCCCCUUGUGGACUUGGAUGACACCAUUCGCCCGGUUGACAACGAGGCUGUCUCUCUGGGGACCAAGCACGCCGUGCACGUCCUGCGCGAGCAGCUGGGCGACUCUGAACAGAAGAAAGGCGUUCUCUUCCAGGACCUGCUUCCCGAGAAGCGUGCCAGCAAAGCCGACGCGACCAAGAUGUUCUUCGAAAUCCUGGUGCUGGCCACCAAGGACGCCGUCAAGGUCGAGCAGAACACCAAGUCGAUUGGUUCUCCCCUGAAGAUCAAGGGCAAGCAAGCUCUCUGGGGCUCAUGGGCCGAAGAGAACGCUGCCGGUGCUGCCAGCCAGCUGAUUCAGGCUCUGUAG